AAAAAUACAUUCAUGACUUGUACUGUAAAGUAAAAUAAAAGUGCAAACAAGCCGCAAACGACUGUGUUGAAAUGUCUUAAUUUCCGUUACCAAACAUUGUCAUAAUUGUGGCUCUAGCACCCAGCAGACGAAUUGUUAUGCCUGCAGCCGGGCACAAGACUAAUCGACCUUCACAUUGUUCAAUGACCCUGUGUUUACAGCAUUAGUGCCGACCUUAUUCACGUCUUCAAUGCUUGAUCACGUCUUCUAAGUCAGUUAGCCUCUUUAGAAAUAAUGACAGCAACAGUGGACAAGACCAAACGAAUUGAAAGAUGGUAUUUUGGUGGCGUUGCCAGCGCUAUGGCAGCCUGUUGCACCCAUCCGCUGGAUCUCCUCAAGGUGCACAUACAAACACAGCAAGGGAAGUUGAGCCUAUUUUCAAUGGCUAAAAAAUUGUUCAAAACUGAUGGUGUUCUAGGGUUCUACAAUGGCUUAUCAGCCUCGGUCAUGAGACAGUUGACCUAUUCAAUGACGCGGUUUGCAGUAUAUGAUUUUGGUCGUAAGUCACUGACACGAGAUAGAAGAGCAAUGCCAUUCUAUGAGAAAGUUGGCCUAGCUGGUUUGGCUGGGGCCAUGGGAGGAUUUGUGGGAACACCUGCUGAUAUGAUCAAUGUCAGAAUGCAAAAUGAUGUGAAGUUACCCCCAGAACAGAGAAGAGCAUACAAACAUGCCAUAGACGGGCUUGUUCGAGUAAUCAGAGAAGAAGGACCUCUAAAACUCUUCAACGGAGCUACUAUGGCUACCACCCGAGCAGUGUGUGUCACUGUGGGGCAGCUCGCGUGCUAUGAUCAGAUUAAAGGAAUGCUGCUUGGCACUCCACUGUUUAAGAAAGACAAUGAGAUGUUACAUUUUGCAUCAAGUUUUACUGCAGGAGGUAUUGCUACACUUUUAACAAUGCCCCUUGAUGUGAUGAAGACGAGAAUGAUGAAUGCCCCUCCUGGUACAUAUUCGAGUAUCUUUGCCUGUUUCAAAGAUAUUGCUGUCAAUGGGCCUCAAGGCUUCUUCAAGGGCUUCAUGCCAGCGUUUGUACGACUGGGGCCUCAUACAGUGCUAACAUUCAUGUUCCUAGAACAGAUCAGGAUGAACUUUGGAGACGACCCCCCACAGAAACACUAGUGUCAUUCUUUUAGUGACCAUUUUAGUAGUUUACAUGCACAAACUUUUUGUAUUGGUACAUGUACAUAGGUUGUAUCAUCAGAAUGAUUGAUAGGCACUGAUUGAGCGUGAAACUGCAGGGUUUACAUCAAAGUUAAAUACUGUGUUGGUGGUCCCAAGUGCUCGUAUGGUUAAUAUUUAGGGUUCCUUUCAGGGACAGGUUCCAAUCAUUUUACAACAAGCUCUACUUGCGUACAUGUCUUUCUUUGGGGACAAUUAAAAGAUGGAAUAAACAGAUUCAGAGCACAAAAAGGUGAUGUUUUGUGAAUAAUUCUCAUCAAUGCAAUAAUAAUUAUCGCAAGCAAUCAUUUUAAGUACAGCUGUCUGAAACAUGUUUCUCCAAUUUGACACAAGUUAGACAAAUAGUUGGUUUGUGACCCAUAAUUUAGUGGUAUUUGAUGCAGAAAGUUGCAUAUGGUUAUAUUAUAUUCCUACAGGUAUUUUGACAGAAAUGUUGGUGUAUAUUUGGUAUCAAAUACUGAGGACCAAAACAUAAAACCGUAGCUCAAAGUGUGAAUUCCAUUUCUGUAUUAACCGCUUGGAAAAAUGUAGGUAUGAAUACCAUCAUUAAUGUACACAACAUAAUGAUAUCCUCAUGGCAUAAAUCAUGUGUUGGAUUCAGGACUGGUUCUGAUGUUUUUCAUGAUAAAAAAGAAUAUAAUAAAUAUUUUAUGUUCGAGUUAUUCCAAUGGUUUGUAUUGCACUUGUUUAUAGUGUGAAAUUGAAUUUCAUUUUCCCUGCGGGCUCUUGAAAUAUGUCACACAAUCAACUCGUGUGAUACAACCCUUUCAAACAAGACGGUCAUGUAAUAUUCCAUAUGUAUAUAAAAGAGAUACACGUGUUUUAUACUUGACCCUUGAUGUAUACCUGUAAAUGGUUGUUUUAAUCAAUUAAUUAAUUUGACGACAAUAGACAGUUUUAUAUGUAGAAGACUAUUAGUCAUUUCACCUGAAAAUAGAUUUUCAGUUUUUCUAGUCAUGUGACUCCCAUUAUAGCGAUAGCACAAAUCAGUUGUUUUACUUGCACAUUUAAAUACCAGUAUCCUGUGUCAAACGUUGAGGAUUGAUUAAUUUCUUGAAAUCUAAGGUUAGAUUUGCCUUCAUGUAGUUGUUUAAAUCUUACAUCACUCAAUGUAUUAAAGAGAUUGAUGUCUAAAUCAAGAUUUAUUCCACUAAAUAAUUGUGAAAAUACUGCCUAUUUUUACAUGUAUUUCCUUUUUCUCUGCUGGUUUUAAAACCAUUAGUGAUCACAUCCAUGCCUUUUAUGGUUGUUUCCGGCAUGGUUUGUGUGUCUGAAACAUUUUGGUGCAUUUUAUUGGGAACUAAGUUGAGAGAUGCGUUUUUAACUCACCUGAGCACAGCUUUUGUGAUCACCUUUUGUCUGUCGUGCAUAGUCGACAUUCACCUUGUUAUUUCUCUAGAGGCUACAUUUAUAUUCCGAUCUUCAUGAAACAUGGUCAGAAGAUUUGUUUUAAUGAUAUCUUGAAUGAGGUCAAAAAUGGUUGUGGUCUGUUGAAAAAUACAACCGCCAGGGGACAUGGGAUUUUUCCUUAUACAACAAUAGUAAAACCUUGUUUUGUUAACACUCUAGAGGCCAUAUUUAUUGUCCGAUCUUCAUGAAACUUGGUCUGAAGAUUUGUCCCAAUGAUAUGUUGGAUGAAUUUGAAAAUGGUUCUGGUUUGUUGAAAAACAUGCCCAACAGGGGGCGGGGCUUUUUUCCUUAUAUGGCUAUAAUAAAACCUUGUUUUGUUAACACUCUAGAGGCCACAUUUAUUGUCCGAUCAUCAUGAAACUUGUUCAGAAUAUUUGUUUUCAUGAUAUCUUGAACAAGUUUGAAAAAGGUUUUGGAUGAUUGAAAAACGCGGCUGCCACGGGGCUGGGCAUUUUUCUUAUAUGGCAAAAGUAAAACCCUGUUAACACUCUAAAAGUCACUGUUAUAGUUCAAUCUUCAUGAACUUUGGUCAGAACAUUUGUUCUAUUGAUAUCUUGCGCUGCGAAGAACAGGUCAAUUCCUUUAUUAUGCUCCCCAAAAAUUUAUUUUGGGGGGAGCAUAUAGUUGCCGCCUUGUCUUUCUGUCCGUGUGUGUGCCUGUCUGUCCGUCCGUGCACAUUUUUGUCCGGGCUUUUUCUCAGCAACUAAUGACCAGAAUUCAAUGAAACUUUAUGGGAAGCUUCACUACCAAGAGGAGAUAUGCAUAUUAUCAGCGGGUUCUGUUCGGAUGAUUUUUCACAGAGUUAUGCCCUUUGAAAUUUUCUAUAAAAAAAUUCUUGUCCCUCCAACUACUGUGUCCUCAAGCCAUUUCCUUUUAUCUGAAUAUAUAGUGCAAUAUUGUGACCAAAAAAAUUUGGGGAGCAUCACCCGUCUCCGACGGUUUCUUGUAUCUCAGGUGAGCGACUUUGAGCCUUUGAGGUCCUCUUGUUUACGGCGACACUGUACUGUGUCAAAAUCUGACGUCCAAAACCUUUUCUGCGGUGCUUGCAUUUUGGGGAAUAGGAUUUUCUAAGAAAUUGCAUGACAUAUCUUUUUUAUUCCAAUUUUUCGUCAGAAGACAUGUUCAUCUUUCUGUUAUUCUGUACUUCAACAAUCUGAAAAAAAGAAAAGGCAGGAUAAUUGCUUUAAAAGUUGGCUGUUUCAUAAUAAGACCCUAUGAAAAUAGAAUUGAUUCCACUUACCUUAAUGAAAAUCAGGAACUGGGUCUUCUGGGCCCACUUUUAUAGAAAAUCACUAUGUAGGUGUGUUAUUUUAUUGAUUGCAUUUGUUUUAGCUGGAAAACGUGAUAUAUAUAUAUCAUUAUGUAUCUUAAUGGGUUUUCUACUAUGUUUUAAGGAAAACAUAAUUUUUCAGGUAAAAAGAAGUGUAUAAAAUAGUAUGAAAACCAGACUUUUGCCGCUCACUGCAUAUCUGAUAGUGUUUUAAGAACCCUUUAACACGUCUAACAACUCAUUUUCAGCUCAUCUAUUUUUUGAAAAAAAAUUAUGAGCUAUUUUCAUCACCUUGGCAUUGGCGUCGGGGUUGGCGUCGGCGUCCGGUUAAGUUUUGCGUUUAGGUCCACUUUUCUCAGAAAGUAUCAAUGCUAUUGCAUUCAAACUUGGUACACUUACUAACUAUCAUGAGGGGACUGGGCAGGCAAAGUAAGAUAACUCUGGUGUGCAUUUUGACAGAAUUAUGUGCCCUUUUUAUACUUAGAAAAUUGAAAAUUUUGGUUAAGUUUUGCGUUUAGGUCCACUUUUCUCAGAAAGUAUCAAUGCUAUUGCAUUCAAACUUGGUACACUUACUUACUAUCAUGAGGGGACUGGGCAGGCAAAGUAAGAUAACUCUGGCGUGCAUUUUGACAGAAUUAUGUGCCCUUUUUAUACUUAGAAAAUUGAAAAUUUUGGUUAAGUUUUGUGUUUAGGUCCAUUUUAUUCCUUAAGUAUCAAAGCUAUUGCUUUCAUACUUGCAACACUUACUAACUAUCAUAAGGGGACUGUGCAGGCAAAGUAAUGUAACUCUGACUGGCAUUUUGACAGAAUUAUGUGCCCUUUUUAUACUUAGAAAAUUGAAAAUUUGGUUAAGUUUUGUGUUUAGGUCCACUUUAUUCCUACAGUAUCAAAGCUAUUGCUUUCAUACUUGCAACACUUAUUAACUAUCAUAAGGGGACCGUGCAGGCAAAGUUAUGUAACUCUGACUGGCAUUUGGACGGAAUUAUGGGCCCUUUUUACUUAGAAAAUUGAAAAUUUGGUUAAGAUUUGUGUUUUGGUCCACUUUACCCCUAAAGUAUCAUAGACAUUGCUUUCAUACUUGGAACACUCACAAACUAUCAUAAGGGUACAGUAAAAGGACAAGUUGCAUAACUCUUGUUGUCAUUGUUACGGAAUUAUGGCCCUUUUUUGACUUAGUAACUUUGAAUAUAUGGUUAAAUUUUGUGUUUCGAUCCACUUUACUUCUUAAGUAUCAAGGCUAUUGCUUUCAAACUUCAAAUACUUUCAUGCUAUCAUGAGGUUACUGUACCUGGCAAGUUGAAUUUUACCUUGACCUUUGAAUGACCUUGACUCUCAAGGUCAAAUUAUUAAAUUUUGCUAAAAUUGCCAUAACUUCUUUAUUUAUGAUUAGAUUUGAUUGAUACUUUGACAAAACUACUCUUACCUGACAUACCACAAUAGACUCCACCCAAACCAUCCCCCGUGCCCUCCCCCCCCCUAAUUUUUUUUUUUUUUUAAGAUCAUCUCACAAAAGACCUCCACACCCUCACACUAUACCCCACCCCCCCCCCAAUUUUUUUUUUUAAACAGUUAUGUUUGAAAUACCGUCCAACCAUCGCACCCAAAAACUCCCCCCCCCCCCUGAUUUAUUUUUAAUUAUUUUUUUUUUUCGCUUUUUUGGAAGAUAAUGUAAUAAAUGUCCACAACCCCACACUAUACACCCCUCUUCACUCCACCCCUCCCUCCUUUGUGAUUGAAAAUGAGAGUCCCUUCACCUUUAAAAAGAAAAUAGAUGAGCUGUCUGCACCCGCAAGGCGGUGCUCUUGUUAUCACUUUUGCAUGCAAACAAGUCUUUACGAGCUGUUAAUCUUGUCUGUUUAUUUGAUUAACAAGCUAAUUUUAGAUUGCUUCUUACAAAUCAAAGUACAGAAAACGCAAGCAAGAUGGCUUAUCAUGUGUCAUAAUUAAAUGUGUUGUUGGGGUAUUUUGUAAAUUAAAGUACUCUGUUGUAUGUUCCAACAUGCAGGGCUUGGUUUGAGGGAUAUUUUAUACAUGAACCUUUGCAGCUGGUCUGUUGUAUUUCUAUUACAAUUGACAUCAUGGCUUUGAUAAUAAAUAAAUUAUUAGAAAAAUGAAAGUUAUGUAUACAAGAGUGUGAGUUUUUCCCUUUGGUGCCAUAUUUGCAUUUUUAAAUUUUAGAACUUUUUUUCUCACAGCAGAGAAGUAAAUUUGUAUGCUUUUAUUUGUUAGUUAUGUAUGUGUGCUUAGAAAUUUUAAUAAAUAAACAUAUUCUUAUCAA